GCGCCAAUCCACCCGGCCUCUCUGACGUCAGAGCGACGCGAAGGACCCGUAUAUAGGGAGUAGUGACGCCUGACGUCAGUCGCCUCAGUGCGGUACAUGUAAUGGGAAAAUGGCCUCGCAAGAUAAGGACGAUGAACAGUUAGCGCGAUCCGACAGUUUCCGAUUGGCUGUAACACCAAGCAUUCCCGACGAUGGCAAGACUCCGGACGGCAAGCCUAAAGUACUGAAGAAGGCCAUGGGGGCAAAAGGGGCCGGCGGCAAGAAGGGCAAGCCCGACCUCGACGAACUAAAACAAGAGGUGGACAUGGAUGAGCACAAGAUUCCAGUCGAGGAAUUAUAUGCCAGAUUGGGCACUAAUCCAGAAACUGGCCUCACUGCCAUGCAAGCACGUGAGAUCUACGAGAGGGACGGCCCCAAUUCAUUAACACCUCCCAAGAAAGUUCCUGAGUGGGUGAAAUUCUGUAAGCAGCUUUUCGGAGGGUUUGCCCUUCUGCUCUGGAUAGGAGCUGUUUUAUGUUUUAUUGCAUAUUCUAUUCAAGUAGGAACCUCAGAAGGAAGUGUUGAAGAUAAUUUAUAUUUAGGUAUUGUGUUAGCUACUGUUGUUAUAGUUACUGGAUGUUUCUCAUACUAUCAAGAAGCUAGAAGUUCAAAAAUUAUGGAGUCUUUCAAAAAUAUGGUGCCUCAGUAUGCCACUAUCAUCAGAGAGGGUCAGAAACAUACACUGCCAGCUGAAGAUGUGGUUGUGGGAGAUUUAGUUGAAGUGAAGGGAGGUGAUCGAGUGCCUGCGGAUAUUCGAGUUAUCUCUGCUCAAGGUUUCAAAGUCGAUAAUUCUUCAUUGACCGGAGAAUCUGAACCACAGACUCGGUCUCCUGAAAUGACAAAUGAAAAUCCCUUGGAAACUAGGAACAUUGCCUUUUUCUCUACUAAUUGUGUAGAAGGAACUGGACGAGGCAUUGUUAUCAAUACGGGUGACCGCACUGUCAUGGGGCGCAUUGCAAAUCUUGCAUCUGGUUUGGAAAUGGGUGAUACACCAAUUGCAAGGGAAAUUGCCCAUUUUAUCCAUAUCAUCACUAGUGUGGCUGUUUUCUUAGGUGUUACAUUCUUCAUCAUCGCUUUCAUCUUGGGUUAUUACUGGUUGGAUGCUGUUAUCUUUUUAAUUGGAAUUAUUGUUGCCAAUGUACCUGAAGGUCUUCUGGCUACUGUGACGGUAUGCCUGACCUUAACUGCCAAACGAAUGGCUUCCAAGAACUGCCUUGUGAAAAAUUUGGAAGCAGUAGAAACAUUGGGGUCUACAUCUACAAUUUGUUCUGAUAAAACAGGGACCUUAACUCAGAAUAGAAUGACAGUUGCUCAUAUGUGGUUUGAUAACCAAAUCAUUGAAGCUGAUACCACUGAAGAUCAGUCAGGACUGCAAUAUGACAAAACAUCAUCAGGCUGGAAAGCUCUGUCUCGUGUUGCUCGUUUGUGUAGUAGAGCAGAGUUUAAACCUGGUCAAGAGAAUGUUCCUAUUCUGAAACGUGAGUGCAAUGGAGAUGCAUCAGAAUCUGCUAUAUUGAAGUGUAUGGAGUUGGCUACAUCUAAUGUUAUGCAAUAUAGAGAAAAUAACCCUAAAGUUUGUGAAAUACCAUUUAAUUCUACAAACAAAUAUCAUGUGACAAUCCAUGAAACUGAUGACUCAAACAAUCCUAGUUAUUUACUUUGCAUGAAAGGUGCACCCGAGAGAGUCUUGGAUCGCUGUUCUACUAUUUAUAUCAAUGGCAAGGAAAAAGUUUUAGAUGAUGAAAUGAAAGAGGCCUUCAAUAAUGCAUAUUUAGAGUUGGGUGGUUUAGGAGAGCGUGUCAUAGGAUUCUGUGAUUUCAUCCUGCCUCCUGAAAAAUUUCCACCUGGUUAUCCAUUUGAUGCUGAUGAGCAGAAUUUUCCCUUGGAUGGCUUACGAUUUUUAGGCUUAGUUUCCAUGAUUGAUCCCCCUCGAGCUGCUGUCCCUGAUGCUGUUGCCAAAUGUCGCAGCGCUGGAAUCAAAGUUAUUAUGGUUACUGGUGAUCAUCCAAUCACUGCCAAAGCUAUAGCUAAAGCUGUAGGAAUCAUUUCUGAGGGCAAUGAAACUGUUGAAGAUAUUGCUCAGAGGCUAAAUAUUCCAAUUGAUGAUGUGAAUCCUAACGAUGCUAAAGCAGCUGUUAUUCAUGGAUCUGAAUUGAGAGAUAUGACACAUGAUCAAAUUGAUGAUAUUUUACGUAACCAUACAGAAAUAGUAUUUGCCAGGACAUCUCCACAACAGAAGUUAAUCAUUGUUGAAGGUUGCCAGAGGCAAGGUGCUAUAGUAGCUGUGACUGGUGAUGGUGUGAAUGAUUCUCCUGCCUUGAAGAAAGCUGACAUCGGUGUUGCCAUGGGUAUUGCUGGAAGUGAUGUGAGUAAACAAGCAGCAGAUAUGAUUCUCUUAGAUGAUAACUUCGCCUCAAUUGUUACUGGAGUUGAAGAAGGUCGACUUAUCUUUGAUAAUUUGAAAAAAUCUAUAGCAUAUACAUUAACUAGUAACAUUCCAGAAAUAUCACCAUUUUUACUGUUUAUUUUGGCUGAUAUUCCUUUGCCGUUAGGAACUGUCACAAUCUUGUGUAUUGACUUGGGUACAGACAUGGUACCAGCCAUAUCUCUAGCAUAUGAACAUGCUGAAUCAGAUAUCAUGAAAAGAAGACCUCGUGACCCAAAACAUGAUAAAUUAGUAAAUGAGAGGUUGAUAUCCAUGUCCUAUGGUCAGAUUGGCAUGAUGCAAGCCGCUGCUGGAUUCUUUACCUAUUUUGUUAUAAUGAGUGAAAAUGGCUUCUGGCCGGACAGACUGUUAGGCCUGCGAAAAGAAUGGGACUCAGCUGCUGUGAAUGAUUUGACUGAUUCUUAUAAUCAAGAAUGGACAUUCAAGGAUAGAAAGAUUUUGGAAUAUACUUGUCACACAGCUUUCUUCGUUUCAAUUGUGAUAGUGCAGUGGGCAGACAUAAUAAUCUGUAAAACUAGAAGAAAUUCAAUUCUUCAUCAAGGAAUGAGAAAUCAUGUCUUGAACUUUGGGUUAGUAUUUGAAACAGCUCUUGCUGCUUUCCUGGCCUACACUCCAGGAAUGGACAAAGGUCUUAGAAUGUAUCCACUCAAGUUUAAUUGGUGGCUACCAGCUUUACCUUUUUCACUUUUAAUAUUUGUUUACGACGAAGUUCGUCGGUACAUCCUGCGUAGGAAUCCAGGUGGCUGGGUGGAAAGAGAAACGUAUUAUUGACCUGCUUAUUGCUGUGUUAAGGACAUUUUCACAGAUUUCUCGUUUCAAUUUUGUGUUCAGGGGAGCUCAUCGAUCCUGCCCAGGUACAAAGCUCCUAGAAACCUGUGAGAAAUUGUGUGUGUGGACACUGGAAUAGUCUGUUACAAUGUGAACAGUCUCGAGAAAAUUGUAAAUGUACCUUAACUAUUUUGAAUAGUAGGGAAAAAAAUCAUAUUAUAGGAAAUCUAUUCAAUCAUAUGAAAUUAAUAUUUGUGAACAUUUUACUACUUGUAACAUUUUAUCUGCAUUACAUGACACAUGAGUUUGACGAAAAAAAAAAAAAGGCUUUUCAAUCUGUCAAUAACGCUGCCAAAUUAUACUGUAGAUCUUGAGUCCAUUUUAUAAUUUUUCACUUUUCUUUUUGUAGAUUUUUUUUCUUUUAAUUCGUAUAUUGUGUAGGAUGCCAUUUCAAUCUUUUAUUUUGAGGUGGAUUAGUAAUUGUGAAGUUUUUUGUAAUAUUUUGAUGAUAGGCUCUUGUAAAAACAGAUGUGCAGCUUCUUUGCCACUUAUAUAAUCCGGCUUCUUUACAAUUAUACAUAUUUUCAAAUUUACUAUUCUAAUUAGUCAAGAUAUUUUUUAUCUUUUUACAUCUACUAUCCGUAUACAUAUUCUACUGGCUCAAAAAAUGAACACAUGCAUUUUCCUUGCUUUGGAAAAAAUUGUAUGCUUCAAUUUUAAAUUAUAAUAUAUCAAGAACAAAAACAAAUGCACAAACAUGCAAUUAAGGCUUGCUGAUUUGGGAACACAAUUUAUAAAUUUUUUCUGAAAUCUUUUACACUUCAGUAGUUUAUGAGAAAUUUCUCUACUUUAUAUUUCAUGAAUUUUGAAAAUUAUCUUUUAAUCAGAAAUAUAAAUUGAAAUGCACUUUUAACUCUCUUCAAAUAACUAAUGUAGAGUUGAAUUAAGUCCUAUUAUACAUGUGUGAAAUUUAUGGGAACAAAAGAUAUCUUACUACAGAAUAUGUACAUUGCUUUUAAAGUGUCCAAUUGCUUUUACUUAUUGUAGUUAAAAGAUCUUUGCUUCAAUAGAAAGUGGGGUGGUAUUUUCAUUAUAGUUGGAUGUUACGAACUAUAAUUUUUGAUUCUUCAUUUUUAAUUACAAAAAUAAUUCAGUUUUGUAUGUCAUAUUUGGAAAUUUGCAUUCACUACAUCCAGUACCACCCAUAGGCAAUCUAUGUUAAGACUAGCUAAUUGAAAUCGUUCAGCAUGCAGAUUAGCUUCAUUAACACAUUCAUGUCAUUGAUGUGAUUUGUUUGUAUAUGUAUAAUUUUUUUACGAUCAUUUCCAUAUGUCUCGGUAAAGCUGCAAUAAAACUUGAUUAUAAUUUUUUUCUGAAUAGUAGCCUACCAAUUGCAAGUUUGUUUUGUUGUUAUUCAAAUGCACUUUAAUUUGUUCAGAGAAGAAUCAAAAUUAGAACCUCCGUGACGCGGGUGUGAUAGGUCCGGAAAUCAGUAAACAAUAGAUUUUGUGGGUGAUUAGAACAAACUUCAAUCAUUCCAUGAAUGAUUUCGUAUGAUAACUACUGCAUCACAAAACGUUCUAUGAAAAUUCAUCAGAAGACACUUUGAGUGUUUAUUAGCUUGCAAAUAAAAGAUAUUUCAUUUAAAUUACCAUUGCAGGGAUGUAAUUGCCUCGUUUGAUUUGAAUUAGAGAAAUAAACUCUUUUUUUUUUUCCCCUCACUUUUGAAGUAUAUCUUGGAACUCUGCAAUUCUUUCUUUUUUUUUUCAAAGAUAGAUCGAAUGGUGAAAUUAUGGUCAGUGAUAUUGUCAGCAGAUAAGAGUGAUAUCAUUAGAUGCAAAAGGCAGAGCUGAAAUCGAUUUUGAAAUCUUAUUUCUAUAUUCUUGUUAUUGGUGUGUUAUUCAAAUAUUUUAUAUAUAUAUUGUGAUCUAAAUGUGUUAUUAUGAUAAUUCUACAAAAUGUUUUUUGUUGGUUAAAAAUUGGAUGGGUUUAUUAUUAUUAUUACUUUUUAUUUUUAUGUAGUUUUUGUCUGUGUAAACUUUCAUCUGUCAUUUUUCUUUGUAUUGGAAAAGUAUAUAAAUAUGAUUAGCAUUUGUUUAUGUUUUGGAGGAUUUCCUAGAUAAGUCUCACUCAAACACAGAAUGUAUUUUUAAAAAGAAAAAAAAAAACGAGUCAUCCACUUUUGUGUCCAAAAGUUAUAAGAUGUAUUCUUUGCUCACAGAUGCUGAGGUUGAGAGCCUUGUAUUGUUUUUCUUUGUUAAUACUUUUACAACAAGUUGCAUUUCUGAUGAAUUUUAAUAAAGUGUGUGCACUGAACAGUUAA